ACCGCUGGGUGCAAGCAGCAGUGGAGUGAGGGAGUUGAGCCACGCUGGAUUUCCUAUCUGGGGUCCCUCAGAAGAGUUCUCAGAUGAACCCACAGCAGACUCAGCACUUAGACACCCGAAACGCGGAGGAUAAGUGGGUCAGCCAGAGUUAGCCAGAGAAGCAGCAGUAACUGUAGGAGGGAUCUCACAGUGGCUGGCUAGGGAAAGGGAGACCAUCCCCUCUCCCCCUGCUCCUGGCCGUCCCUCACUGGAAGUGCGGUUCCUCCUCAGAAACACAACUCCAGCCUGUAUAGACAAGGUAGAGCCAACUGUGCAGCGUUCUGUAGCCAGCAGCCCAGAGAGAAGCAGUGAAGUCAUGGAGCCCAGCUGAAGUGAACUGGCCGUCUUGAAACUGCGCCAGCUUGGUACCAGGUCGGUCUUUGUCCUAGUGCUGAGAUGCCUCCCAGAGUCCUUCCUGUUGGCCGUUUCAUACAUCUCCACCACCAUCCUUCUCUGCUUCUCCCAAAUGUUUUUUAAUCAUUCUGAGAAAAAUGAGCCUUGGCCUCCAGACCCAAUAAAGCAAACAUCCUUCCCAUGGAGAAUAAUGCUAGAUCCUGAGGACCCGGAGGGCCUGCCGCCCCAGGGGCAUUAGCCAGAAGCAGGCUUGUUUUCCUGCUCAGAACAGAGUGGCUCCCUUGAAUGCAUCUUUCAUUAUGAUUCUCACCAACUUGAAGAAAAAAUUCAGCUGCUGUGUUCUGGUCUUUCUCCUAUUUGCAGCCGUCGGUGUCUGGAAGGAGAAGAAGAAAGGGAAUUACUAUGAUUCCCUUAAAUUGCAAACCAAGUCAUUCCAGGUGCUGAGGAGUCUGGAGAAACUUUCUGUGGCGUCUGGUUCCCGGUCUGUACCUUCAAACAGCACCCAGGACCUACACAGGGGCAGCAAGGCCCUCAGCAAUCCCAAAGUCGCAGUCAAGACCAAGCCGGAGGCCUUCUUCCAGGUGUGGAAUAAGGACAGCACUUCCAAAAACCUUACCCCCAGGCUGCAGAAGAUCUGGAAGAAUUAUCUGAGCAUGAACAAGUACAAAGUGUCCUAUAAGGGGCCAGGACCUGGUGUCAAGUUCAGUGCAGAGGCUCUGCUCUGCCGCCUCCGGGACCAAGUGAAUGUAUCCAUGGUAGAGGCCACAGAUUUUCCCUUCAACACCUCUGAAUGGGAGGGGUACCUGCCCACGGAGAACAUUACGACAAAGGCUGGGCCCUGGGGCAGGUGUGCUGUUGUCUCAUCAGCAGGAUCUCUGAAGUCCUCUAAACUGGGCCAAGAAAUAGAUGAUCAUGACGCAGUCCUCAGAUUUAAUAGGGCACCAACAACCAACUUCCAACAGGAUGUGGGCACAAAAACCACCAUUCGUCUUAUGAACUCUCAGUUGGUCACCACAGAAGAGAGCUUCCUAAAAGAUAGUUUGUACAAUGAAGGAAUCCUAAUUGUGUGGGACCCGUCUGUUUACCACUCAGAUAUCCCAAAGUGGUACCAGAAUCCCGACUAUAGAUUCUUUGAUAACUACAAGAGCUACCGUAAGCUACAUCCUGAUCAGCCCUUUUACAUCCUCAAGCCCCAGAUGCCUUGGGAGCUGUGGGAUGUCAUUCAAGAAAUCUCCUCAGAGGCGAUUCAGCCAAAUCCUCCAUCGUCUGGGAUGCUCGGCAUCAUCAUCAUGAUGACGCUGUGUGACCAGGUGGAUAUUUACGAGUUCCUCCCAUCUAAGCGCAAGACUGACGUGUGCUACUACUACCAGAAGUUCUACGACAGCGCCUGCACGAUGGGCGCCUACCACCCGCUCCUCUUUGAGAAGAAUCUGGUGAAGCACCUCAACCAGGGCACAGAUGAGGACAUUUACCUGCUUGGAAAAGCCAGCUUGCCUGGCUUCCAGAACAUUCACUGCUGAGUGUGGGCUCCCUGACCAGGUGCCCUCACGCUCUCCAUCAGGCAUUUUAUAGCCCAUCUUUUGGUCCCCCUGGGCCUAGGAAGACUGUUCCCGAACAAUCCCUGCCUGUUCCUUGUACUCUAGGUCUUCUGUCCACAAGAGCUCUGGGACUUCAGGAGCCCAAGGGCAAGGAACCAGGUCCAGCUUACCGUGUAGCCACAGAGGUGUGUGGGUCCAAAGCUUCCUGCCACACACAUAUACACACAUGUACAUAGAUAGCACCCAUGUCUGAGGCAGACAGAGUCCUCCCUUCCUUCCGCAUGGGUAAAUGCAAGAUCCGCUUUUCCUACCAGGGCUGCCAAAGCUGGCAUGUCUUCCCCACUUGAAUGAUGUUUUUCCUCACAAACCAGCACUCUAUAUUGCUUGAUAUCUGUACCUAGACAUUGAUUUCAUAUUUUAAAGAAAUUCUCCCGAAUUAUGAUUAUGCCUAGUAAAGAGCGGUUCUGGGAGGCCAGUCAGUGGCUCUGGGGGGCAAGUAAGUGCCACGGGGCAUAGGAACCAUGCUCGAUUCCUCCAGAACAAAGUUACUUCCAAUGUCCAUGCCCCCAGGAGAGGCUGUGUUUCUAUCACUUUGGUUGGUUUGGCUGGUCCUUAGCCUAGGUGCUUAUGUACAAAGGGUCUUGAUGAACCCACAUCCUUCUCCAUAUGGGAUGGAAGUACAGAAAUAUAGUAUCCACCCUCGAGUUGCUCACAGUUCAGUGGGAGUGACAGACAGGUAGGAUUCAGUGAAUUCAGUGUACCAGCGGUCUGCAGAGAGGUGGGCUUGCUAUGCUUUCUGUCUGUGCACCGAGGGGGGAGGGGCACACACUUGCUGUGUCUGUGGUCACAGGCUUCACAGAGUUGGGGCCAGGAAGUGGAUUUUGGAGGAAGCGGAGGAACAUGGCAAGCAGAUUUUUCUGAGUCAUUUGAGAUGUAUUUUUCCUUUCUGCUUUUAUUUAUUUAUUCUCUAAGAUCUGCCUGAACUUAUAGGCUCAAAUUAUUUUUUUGAGGAAAACCCCUUUCCAUGUCUGCAGCAGCGAGUGCAGCCCCAUGGCAGACACCAGGCAAGCACGAUGCCAAAAGCCUGAUUUCUCCAGGCUCAGCCUAACUUGACCUGACCCUAUCCUACCAGCUGGGUUUUGCACACUGUAUCCACCUCUUUCUUUUUAAUGCCCACCGCCAAACCUCCUUCUGACUGCCAUCUUGGUUUUUUUUCCCUUUAAAGUAGUUUUCCCCCCUCCCAAAUUACUUCUAAGCGUUUUCUCCUUUAAAAGUGUACUGACCCAAUUUCUUUGACCUUCAUGGGCCUUCUGUGAAAGGUCUCUCAGGGAGUGGGGAUGUAGAUCCCUAGAACUUAAAGUUGCUCUCAGAGGUCAGAACUUUAGGGACCAUAGCAGAUUAUCACAGGUGGAUCAGACGGCCCUGCCCUCCAUCCCUCCAGCAAGGGAGCAGGGGCACAGUUUCCUGGCAGAGGACUUCCCACUGUAGUCUGUAAACAUGCUUUCCAGUUGGUGAUGCUCAUAUCCUCUCCCUGGUGGAGAGACAUCCUGGUGUGGACAGGCACCUGGUGUGGAGAUGGUAAAGGACUUGAUCAAGGUCACAGAGUAAUGCUAUAGAGCCAGAGCUCAUAGCCCCAGGCUUCUGGACUCUGGAACCCUGGAACCCUCAAGGGCUUCCAAUGUUUGAGCUCUGGAGAAGGUGCCUGGGAGCUGGAGUACUCAUCUGCUGCCAACCCCUCAGCUUCUAUGGGCAGUGAGAGGAGGCUGGGUUUUCAGAUUGAAGCUCCCCUAUUUACUUGCUAUGCCACUAUGGGCAAAUUCUCCUUUCUGAGCCUCUAUUUACACAUCUGUAAAAUGGGGGUGAUAAGCCUACUCACAGGGCUGUCAUGAGGGUCACAUGAAACACCUGACCUGGCUCUGUUUCUGGCACCUAGCAGGUACUCUGUGCAUGGCAGUUUCCUUCCUUCCCUUACUAAGGACCUGCUCUGUGCUCACACCUGGCAGCACCCUACUUUGAGGGAGGCCAGAGAGGGCCCCUGUCCUUAGACAAUUAACUGUCCCAUUGGGAGACAACUCCCCUGCUUGGAAAACCCAGGAAACCAUCCAAGGUAAUGGAGGGUGCAGAACGUGCCCCUCUUUUUCCUACCUGCAGCCCAGGCCUGAUUCUGCUUGGGAAUGGGUGGAAGAGUCCUUGGGCCACUAACUGCUGUGUGGAACGAGUGUUUUCUGCCUCUCAGAGCCCAUGAAUUCCUGGCUUGCUUUUUGUUCAGUUUUGACACACUCAUUGAAAUCUUUGAAUCAUGAACACUGAGUGCUGAAGCAGGAAAUAUAUUACACUGAGACUACACUGGGUAGAUGCUAGCUUUUAGUUAUUAUAAGGGAUCAAAUUAAUUUAAGUAUGAUUUCAUUUCUGUGUUCUCUGUCUAUGGAAACUCUAGUAAAAUGCAAAUAAGGGUAUUACCAUUGGUCUGGUGAGAUGUUUAAUAUUUGUUGCAGAUAAUUUAAAAAAUUAUGACUAUUGUAGAAAAGCCCCUGUCUCUAAGUUGUUUUGUCUCCCUCAGUUGUAAUCUCUUCAUCCUUUUUCAUGAAGUCCUAUGAUCCUUUGACAAAUCAAAUAAGCUGUGGUUUGGAGUUGAGACACCAAUCUCAGAAACUUCUGAAAAAUGCCUAAGCUAAUUAUGAAUUGCCCAAAGAUUAUGUAAAAUUUUAAAAUAAAUGUUUUUAUAAAAAGCUUGUCCUCUCUUCUUACUUGAUAGGGGAAUGACUGGUGAUUGUAAACUCUCAUCUCCAAAGAGGACACAACUGGAAUCCUGAAUCCCCAAAUCCUCCGCCACUAGUUCCUCUUCAGUGCUCCAGGGAAAGGAAUGCUCACUUACGUGGCAGGAUAGUAGUAUCUGAGACAUUGACAGAGUUAUUGAUAUUCCUUCCUUUUGCUUUUGCUUGGAUUAAAACGACUAAGCUGUUGUUCAUGCAACACCUUGGGGAAGGGAUGCAAUUGGGCAGGAAGCAAACUAAAGGAAAGCUACCUUGGUUUCCAAAAGCCCAAAACC